AUGCUAUCUCAGCUAUUACUCCUCUUUAUUCUUCUUCCAUUUUCUCCAACAGCUGCUGCACCGAUUGGAAUAUGUUAUGGGCGGGUGGCGAACAACCUUCCACCGCCACCUACUGCCAUCAACCUUCUCCAAUCCAAUGGCAUAUCAAACAUACGCAUCUUCAACCCCGAUUUCUCCACGUUAAAAUCAUUUUCAGGCACUGGAAUCAGCCUCAUUAUCGGUGUUCCUAACGAAAUCCUCCCUGAACUUGCCUCAGGGGGACCCGUCUUCUCCCUCCAGUGGCUUCAAAACAACAUCUUCUCUCACAUACCUUCGAACCAAAUCCGUUACAUCGCUGUUGGUAAUGAAGUCUUUCUCAAAGAUCCAUAUUACACUCCCUAUGUAGUACCCGCAAUGAAUAAUCUUUACCAAGCUCUGCAAACCGCAAACCUUGCAAACUCAAUCAAGUUAUCUUCACCACAGGCAGCUUCAGUUCUCUCAAUCUCAUAUCCUCCAUCUUCAGGAACCUUCGAUCCUGAUAUAAAAUCUUCUAUUGUGCCCCUCCUUCAGUUCUUAUCCGAUACUAAAUCACCUUUCAUGGUUAAUAUCUACCCGUACUUCAGCUACACCAGCAGUUUACAGUACAUAUCGUUAGACUAUGCAUUGUUCAGAAGCGACGAAGCGUUUCGAGACGGCGGCUUAACGUAUCGCAAUCUUUUUGACGCAAGCGUCGAUGCGUUUGUGUAUGCAAUGGAGAGAGAAGGGUUCGGGGGAGUUCCGAUAGUGGUGACGGAGACGGGGUGGCCGACGAGCGGUGGUGUGGCGGCGAGUAAGGAAAAUGCAUUGGCGUAUAAUGAGAAUGUGGUGAGAAGCGCUGUGGGUGGUGUUGGGACACCGAAGAGGCCUGGCGAGGGAGUUGAAGUUUACUUGUUUGAUCUGUUUGAUGAGAAUGGAAAGAGCGGGGAUGAACAUGAAAAGCACUUCGGGAUUUUCGGACUCGAUGGAUCCAAAGUUUAUGAUAUCAAAUUUAAUUAA